AUCUCAACGCGAUCAACGGACGUAGUCACCUCAAAUCCGUUCCGAAGUCAUCUAAACUCGUCUCGGCCACUAUAAAACCAUCACCUGGUCGGGUCCUUUCCAUCCCAUCGAGUUCGAGGCUCCCAGGUGUCUUGCCUUCCAGGAUUUGUUGUGAUUCUUGAUUCGUCGGAGGCGAGGUGAUGUCGGGGCGUGGAAAGGGCGGCAAGGGUUUGGGCAAGGGCGGGGCGAAGCGCCACCGCAAGGUGCUCCGCGACAAUAUCCAGGGUAUCACCAAGCCGGCGAUACGUCGACUGGCAAGAAGGGGAGGCGUAAAGCGCAUCAGUGGCCUCAUCUACGAGGAGACUCGUGGCGUGCUCAAGAUCUUCCUGGAAAACGUCAUCCGUGAUGCCGUCACCUACACCGAGCACGCGCGCCGGAAGACUGUCACUGCCAUGGACGUUGUGUAUGCCCUGAAGAGGCAAGGAAGGACCCUAUAUGGUUUCGGUGGUUAGGGUUUUGUCUUUGUCAAAAGUCUUGCUGUCAAGAAAAUUGGGGAAACAAUUUGUCAUCCUGUGUUGAAAUUGCGGUAUUAGGGUUUUUGCUAUAACUAUGUGGUGUUUUUGUUGCAAUUGCUAAAGGUUUAUGAAUUGCUGCUGGUUUGCAACA